AAAUUUACUUAAAAAAUAGGAUUGUUUCCAAUAAAUGGAGGACAGUGGACACUGAAUUACAUAUAGGAAGGAGUAGCCAUCGUCCCAAAAGUUUACAUCUCCUUGUUGGAACAGUCCUCUGAUCUAACCAAAACUUUGUCUAAUAAGAGCACCCUUUUGGCUCCUCAUGGCAUUAGACUCAAACAAACAUGAAGGUGCUAGCUCUACUACACCUGACCAAGUUGACAGACAGCAGGUGCCGAAUGGGAGCAGCGACGACAGAGCCAAACGACACCCUCGAUGGACCAGGCACGAGACGUUUGUCCUCAUAGAGGGCAAGAAGGUCGUGGAGAAUGCGGUUCAGAAGGGCCGCAGCAGAUCUUCUUCAGCCUUGGGGUCCGACCAUUUUGAACCAAAGUGGGAUCUGGUCUCAUCAUACUGUAAGCAGCGAGGUGUGAGCAGAGAGCCAGUUCAGUGCAGGAAAAGAUGGAGCAAUCUUCUUGUUGAUUUCAAGAAAAUCAGGAACUGGGAGUCACAGAUAAAAGGAGCGGCUGAGUCUUUUUGGGUGAUGAGAAAUGAUGUGAGGAAGGAGAGGAAGCUUCCCGGUUUCUUCGAUCGGGAAGUUUACAACAUCUUGGAUGGAAAUGCUGUGACUGCAACAGCAGCAUGUCCACUGGCAUUGUUUAUCCCAGUACAAACAGAUGCACAGAGUGGUGAUGGGGCAGAAGAGGCAGCUGCAGAAGAAGAGGAGGAGGAACCUGGAAAAGCUGCCAAUGGCCUUCAACAGGAUAUGGCAGAAGAUGGUUUAUGUUCAGAUUCUGAGGAGUCAGAGCACGAGGAGACAGAGUCCAAGAAGGAAAACCUGAUGCAAGACAGUCCUGCAACAACAGUCACAACUCCAAUGCCUUCUUCAGGCACAAUAAAAGAUAAACGGGGUUUAGACUCAAAUACAUGUGGAGAGCAUAUCACUCAGGAGAAACGGAAGCAGAGACGGUUGGCAAUAGACGGAUGUGAAGACAACUACAGUGACCAGUUGAUCAGAGUACUUGAGAGGAACAACGCCCUGCUGAAUGCCCAACUUGAAGCUCGUAACAUAAAUUGCCAUUUGGAUAGGGAACAGAGGAAGGAGCAAAGUAACAGCUUUCUUGCUGCCAUCAGCAAGGUCACAGAUGCUCUAGUGAGAAUCGCAGAUAAAUUAUGA